AUGUUGUCUUCGGUCGUGUACUCAUUACUUGCUACAGCCUUACUCUGCAAAGAUGUUGCUGCAUCCCAACUCGCGGCAUACUGGGGCCAGAACUCCGGCGGAACGCAAGGUAGGUUGAAGGAAUACUGCGAUUCCAAUACUGCUGAUAUUAUUAUCUUGUCUUUCUUGAACAAUUUCCCAGAUGACUUGAACGUCAACUUUUCCAAUCAAUGUGGAGAUUACUAUCCUAGUGGAUUGUUACACUGUUCCGCUAUUGGCGAAGACAUUACCUACUGUCAGAAGAAAGGAAAGACAGUUCUCUUGUCUCUUGGAGGAAGUAUUGGUAACUAUGGUGUUACAGUUGACAACGCUGACGAACUUGCAACCACAUUGUGGAACAAGUUCGGCGCAGGUAUUGAUUCUGAAAGACCAUUUGAUGAUGCUGUUAUUGAUGGUUUCGACUAUGAUAUGGAAGGAGGUGACCAAUCUGCAAUAGUUGUGUUGAGUAACGCCUUACGUGCCAAGUACUCCAAGGAUCCUUCUAAAAAAUAUUUCUUAUCUGCUUCUCCUCAAUGCGUUUACCCAGAUGCUAAUGUUGGCGAAGCCCUUGCUCAUGCUGAAAUUGACUACACUUUUGUCCAAUUUUACAACAACUAUUGCUCAUUAGAUCGACAAUUCAAUUGGAACACAUGGACUGCCUACGUUGAUACCAUUUCUCCCAACAAGAAUAAUAAGAUCUUUAUUGGAUUACCAGGUUCCCCAACUUCUGCUGGUUCGGGAUACGUGGAUAUUUCUAUUAUAAAAGAGACAGUGAAAUCAAUCGGAUGCGACCCUAAUUUUGGUGGAAUUUCUCUUUGGGAUGCCUCUUCUGCCUGGGCCAACUCUAUUGACGGAAGAAGCUACGCUGAUAACAUUAGGGAUAUCGUGGAUUCCGUGUCUAGAUCAUGUGGCUCACCUUCUACACAGAAUAGUCACACAUUCCCAUCCACAGCUCCAAUUCCCGUUUCAACAGCAUCAAAAAGUCCUAUCCCAGGACCUAACACAUCUGAAGAUCCAGUUCCAAUUCCAAUGCCCAUUACCAGUGACAGUUCAACUUCGUUGACUUCAUCAGCUACUCCUUACUAUGUAAAUUCCACCACCAGUCUUGCCCCGCAAAUAAGUACAGAAACUGAUAUCCAUACCACAGUAAUUACAAUUACAUCAUGCUCAGAUGAUAGGUGUACGACCCUACCAGUUACAACUGGAGUUACUACUAUCACCAAGGAUGAAACUUCUUACACAACUUACUGUCCUUUGACUGCCUCUAGUUCAUUUGUUCCGGAGUUUGAAAUCUCCACCACUGUGAUCCCAGUGACAUCUUGCGAUUCAUAUGAGUGUACGUUCGAAACAGUAACAACAGAAUCGUCCACUGUUACUAAAGAUGAAUCAUCCUUCACCACUUAUGAAUCUAUAAGCACGAGAAGUUCGACGUUAACAAAAGUCUCUUCUUCCAAAUUUCCUUUCUCUACAUCUACUUUUGUUUCUCAUUCUUCCUCAUCGACAGAAGGGGUCUCAUCAGAUUCAACAGUGAGAAGUUCGACAUCAACGAAAGUCACUUCUUCCAACGUACCUUCAUCUAAAUCUACUGUUAUUUCUCAUACAACUUCAUCGACAAAAGAACUCUCAUCAGAUUCGACAGUGACUAGUUCAUCAGCUGGUAUUUCUCAUGCUACUUCAUCGAAACUUGACAUCUCGUCAACAUCAGCAUCUGAAACCGCUACUUCUUCUAAGUUUACUUCAGAAGUUUCUUCUUUUUCAAGUCUGGUGACCAUUGCGAAAUCUUCACAUACAGCUGGUAAAUCAACUGAGAUCCAUACCACAGUGAUCACUAUUACUUCUUGCUCAGAUGAAAGGUGUACCAAAGUCCCAGUUACCACUGGUUUGACUACUGUCACCAAAGAUGAAACAUCUUACACUACUUAUUGUCCAUUAUCUUCUGGUGGAUCCAUCGUUACUGAAACUGAUGUUUCUACCACAGUUAUUACCAUUACAUCAUGUUCUGCUGACAAGUGUACUAAAUUCCCAGUUACUACUGGUUUGACCACAGUUACCAAAGAUGAAACAUCUUACACUACCUAUUGUCCAUUGACUUCGCCUGAAACUACAGAAACUGUCGAGUCAACUAAAUUCAUCACUUUGACGUCUACCAUCGUUGGACAAUCCUCUUCUGCUAUUUCUACCCAAUCUUCUUCUUCCAGUGUGAUUUUAUCUUCUGAAGUCGUCCAGUAUUCUUCCAAUGUGAUGCCAUCUUCUAAUGUCAUCCAUUCUUUGCCUUCUAUUGUUGUCACAUCUUCUUCUGCUAGAGAUGCCCCACCAGCAUCUAAAAUGGGGGUAUCUUCUUCUUCAGAUAUCAGUGCACCAACGACAUUCCCAACAUUCCCCACUACUGUAUCUACCAGCACUUUGUACAAUACUGCUACAAUUCCAGUACAUCACAGUUCUAAAAACGCCACCAGUCCACAGGUUACUAUCAACUCUGAGGGAAUGGCCGUUUCUAUCACAAGCUCUCUUGCUUUGAUAAUGUUGAGUAUUCUUGCUGCAAUCUUUUAA